CUCCUCAAGCUAUUAUAUUGUUCACAAUCUCUCUCUCUCUCUCUCUAAAUUGAUUUUUUUUUUGGCAAAACUCUCUAUAAAUUGCUUGCCUAGUUCCACUCCUUCCCCUCAUCUCUUCAUCUUCAAUCUCCCAUUGCUUCAUCUCUCGCUCAAAUUUCUCUCUCUAACUUCUCUCUCUCUAGAUAUGGCAGAAUUCAAUGGUGGGGAGGGAUUCUGUGCAUCUCACGAUCAUGAGGCAAUGUCCACGGGAAAGAAGUACGGAGGGUUGGUGCCAAGGAAGAAGCCCUUGAUUUCAAAGGAUAACGAACGAGCCUUCUUUGAUUCAGCGGACUGGGCCCUAUCCAAGCAAGGGGCUCCUGGAGUACAUAAAAAAUCAAUGGCAAUGGUUGAGACUCUACGACCUAAAUUACAGAGGACCCAGCGCCAACAGCUUCCUCCUCGGCAGCCUGCUUGCACGUCUGGACAGGACAACCUUGUAAUGGAAGAUUGAGACCUAGUGCAUCAGUUUAGAAAAUAAUAAUUGAAAAUGAAAAUCAAGUGGGAGCCCUUUUUUUUUUUUAAUUUUAAUUUGUUUGGGCGCACUUGUCUUUUUCUUCCAUGCUUAGUUGAAUGGAAAUGUGUAAAUGAACCAUUUAUUAAGUAACAAUUAAUGAAUAUCUUGACGACA